CAUCCUUUUUGACAGCAUUUCCUAUAAAUCAACAAUCAAUUUCACGAAGGGAUAACGUGGGCGAGAAUGUGUUUCAUCGUGACAUUUUGUUCAUUAUUCGUAUCGAAAGGCUCGGUAUCUCCCAUUACCGAAUUCCAUUGUCGACGCGAUUUGUUAGUACGUCAGCAGCAAAACUUGUACCGGAAAUUGUUGAGGAUAGAGAAUUGUUAACGAUAGGUGUACACGCAUCAUACAUCUGGAAUACAGUCGAAUAUGUUGUCGAAACGUUAAGAGCAGCUGCAGCCUCGAACUGAUUUAUUGAAUUUCCACAAAUUUUAUUCUGUACUCUUGUCACAUUUUUAAAGAGCAGCCGAUUGGAAUCUCCAAGAACCUACAUGGACCGGACGUAUGAGGCUCGUUUGUCAAGGGAAAACAAUUGCUAUCAAACUGGAGGAUAAAGUGACCGGGGAAUUGUUUGCCAAAUGUCCGAUCGAACAGUAUCCGGGGAUUGCCGUUGAACCGGUCACCGAUUCCUCUCGUUAUUUCGUACUCAGAAUCCAGGAUGACAAUGGAAGGUCGGCCUUCAUCGGUGUCGGGUUCUUGGAUAGGUCCGACAGUUUCGAUUUGAACGUUGCUCUUCAAGAUCAUUUCAAGUGGCUGAGAAAUCAGGAACAGAUAGAGAAGGAAAAGGACGAACCUAAGCCAGAGUUGGAUCUCAGAUUCAAAGAAGGAGAGACAAUAAAAAUAAACAUGAAAAUUACUAAGAAGGACGGUAGCGAAGUUUCUUCAAAGGCGAAGCAGCGUGCCAAUGCGAACGUCGGCUUACCGCCACCGCCGGGUGGCGUGAAAAUUGCACCACCGCCCGCGAAGACCACUCCGACUUCGUCUCCCGCUCACAAACCAAUGCCGCCGAAUCAAAAUCAGACGGGUUCCGCCGAAUGGGGCGAAUUUGCUAGCGCGUCGCAACAAUCCCCGGCGGCGCCGGCCCAACAGCAGCAGCAGCCGCCGACGGUCGGAAACCAGGCUAGUUGGGUACAAUUUUAAUUGAAAACAGGUCAAGUUGUAUUAAAAUUUAACAUAGCAGUGCCGUAGUUACUACUCAUAGAUCAUACGUACGUAUAUUUAAUUAUGUAUACUCGCUGCGUGCACAGCACGAUCUUAAUUAACAGGCGUGCACGCACGCGUACAGGUAUCUUUUAAGGGUGAUUACUGACAAAGAUGUUUCUAUGUAUGUAUGUAUGUAUAUAUACAUACGAAUCGCUCGCGUAGAACAUGAUUCUUGUUAUAUACGUAUCACGACGUAUUUUAGUGGCGUAUUCUAAAUCUAAAUUUUUAUUUUCACUUAAUCGCAGAUGGCAACCAUUAUUUUCGACUCGAUUCAGACAACUUUUAUUUGACUAUCGAGCAAGAAAUUUAUUCUCGUACAGCAGAAGAGCUAUUAACAUCUCGCGGGGCAUCGAGUCAGACAUCGAGUUAACAAAUAUAUUAUACGAUGCAACAACAGAAUUUAAUUUGUUCUCAGUUGUAUCUUUAUUACCUAGAUCGCAGAUGUUUAAGGAAUGUACAUAUUACAUUUGUUAUUUAAAGAAAUUAUAUGAAAUGAGUGGAGUGCUCGUAUUUUUUAUAUAAAUGGUUACCGAAUAAGUUUACUAUCUUGUACAGAUCGAGACUAACGAGACGGUAAAAGUGAACACACACACACACACACACACACACACACACACACACACAGAGUCAAAGCAGCAAAUAGGAAUCUAUUGAGAAUAGAGUAAGGAGUAAUAUCGACCGCAUAUACCUAAAGCUUAAUCGGUAACAAAAAGAAUGCUGAUAAUAAUACGAUAUCGGAUGUAAAAGAGAAUACACUGAAAACAUUUUUAACAAUUUGCAACUCUGCAUGGAUGCAUACUUUGUGAAAACCCUUAAAGGACUAUGAAUUGAAUUACAGUACAUACGGUCUUAUUAAGCAACUGUAAUCUAACACCUAUUUAAAUUGCGGUGUUUAUAUAUUGAACAGCAAAAAUUGGUGAGGGAAGUGCAAGGCCUAACUUUACAGCAGAUAUUGGCAAAAGUCUUUCGAUCACGCAUGCAUACAUACGGAUCGACUCUUGCACGGAUAAAUCCAAGAGAAAUCGUUUCGUUGUUAUUAUGCUACCAUACAGCUGUAUUAUAGAGGAUAAGAUUUUUAUAUCGUACUUUUUAUUUCUUUUUUAACGAUACGUUAAGAAUUUAUUUCAUCUAUUAAUAUUGUUAAUAGAUUUUACCGUGAACACGUUGUGGUUCGAACGAUAAUUUGAAAAGAUAGUGCACGAGAAAGAUUAUGUGGUAGAGUACUUGAAGGCGGGUACCAGAAAACGAGAAGAAAAGAACGUGAAAGCAAACACGAAAAAAGGUCAUUCGCACGAGUAUCGUGUGGUGGUAUAAAAAUUGAGAAUAAACACUGUAUAUUGUUGUACACAGGACGAACACGAUAGAUGUAUCUAUAUGCGAAAUAAUGACGAAUAAAUUUAUUACGUAUACAUAUCUUUAUUUGUAAAAGUAAAACGUGAUCGUCGUCGACGUCGAGUUCAUUGUUUCGUGUAUACAUAAUAUAUUACAAGAAAAGUAUUAUCUUCGAUGGUAAUGUAUAUUCUAAUCUAUUUUGAUCAGGUGAAUAAGGUGUAAAUUAUUCACGUAUAGGGAAGAUCGCGUUCUAAUAUCGCUGUAUAUUGUAUAUGAUGAUAAAUUAUGUUGAGUAACGCGUUGUUGUUACUAA